CGGCGAACGGGCGGGCGGGCGGGCGGGGAAGCCCAUUCUUUAGGCCGAGGGUAGCGUGAAGAUGCAGGCCCCCACUGCCGCUGUUUUAUAAAGUCUGCCUUAAUGAAUACACCUCCGAGCACUCUUCCCGUUCUGUUGAGGCAUCCGUCCGUCUUCGGCCUGUCCCGGAUUACAAGCAGCCUCUACCUCAGCAAUGGAGUGGCAGCCAACAACAAGGCCCUGCUCUCCAGCAACCAGAUCACCACGGUCAUCAACGUCUCCGUGGAGGUGGUGAACACCUUCUACGACGACAUCCAGUACGUGCAGGUCCCCGUGGCCGACACCCCCCUCUCCCGCCUGUGCGACUUCUUCGACCCCAUCGCCGACAGGAUCCACAGCGUGGAGGCGCAGCAGGGCCGCACGCUCCUGCACUGCGCGGCGGGGGUCAGCAGGAGCGCGGCCCUGUGCAUCGCCUACCUGAUGAAGUACCACGCCAUGUCCCUGCUGGACGCCCACGCCUGGACCAAGUCCUGCCGGCCCAUCGUCCGGCCCAACAGCGGCUUCUGGGAGCAGCUCAUCCACUACGAGUUCAAACUGUUCGGGAAGAACUCGGUCCGGAUGGUCGGCUCCCCGUUCGGCCCGAUCCCCGACGUUUACGAGAAGGAGAUCCGGAUAAUGAUCCCGCUGUGAGGGGCGGCGCCGGGGGCGGGGAGAGGACGCCGGGCUGGCGGGCGGGCCGAGGUCCAGACUCGAAACUAAAUUUUUCAACCCGAA